AUGGACAUCAAUCGCACGGGGGCUGACCCCAAACCAUUAGUUAUCAUGAUGUCCAUUCCCACUUAUGGACACACCUUGCCACUCUUGAAAAUAUGCUCGCAUCUCACAGCGCGUGGCUACCCGGUCUUCUUCAUUGGCGGCAUUCAGCACCAGGCUCAGAUACAGCGUGCAGGCGCAGAAUUUAUCGAGCAUCCUAUCUGGGGCAUCACAGAAGAUUUCAAAGCGGAACGAGACAAAAUCACCAAUAUCUUCAAACGCAACACGUUCGAGGCUGAACAGGUUUACGUUGGGAGCAUGCCACAACGUCAUCAAACGCUUCGCCUUACUCUUGAACGAGUCCGUAGAGACUAUCCCGAGAAAGAAGCCGUCAUUGUGCAUGAAUGCAUAUCGGCGUUCGCAACGCUUCCGUUCUUUUACGGUGCGCCGUUGCCCGUAGGCUACAGCAAACUACCCAAAGUCAUCAAUAUCCCCAUCUAUCCGAUGUUUGUGUGGAGCAUCGACACACCUCCGUUUGGACCUGGUUUGCCACCUACAACAACGUUCUUUGGGCGGAUGAUCAAUUUGAUACUCUAUUAUGUUAUCAUCAACCUACCGAUGUACCGUCAGAUUAUGAGGCGCGUUAACGAUGAGAUGAAAGCACUUGGCGCCACCAAGAAAGUCACUGAGUGGCUUCCUGACGUGGUUACGACAACUGCACAUGAGGUGUUGAUGGUUUGUAGUCCCAGUAUGGAUUACCCGAGGUCUGACCUCAGCCCAAAGAUUCGAUUCGUGGGUUGCUUGCCAAACAACGAUUUUACCACGUCGUUUCGUCCAAGAAUUCAGCCUCCUGAAUGGUGGCCCAUUAUUGAGGAAAACGCAAAACUUCCGUUGCAGCUGAAAAAGCAUGUAGUGAUGGUCACACAGGGGACUCUAUCCAUCGACUACAACGACCUUUUGAUUCCACUCAUGCGGGCACUCUCUGACCGACCCGACAUCUUGGUCGUUGCGCUACUGGGGGGUCAUGACAAGAAACUGACUCAAGGUUUUCACGUACCCUCUAACGCAUAUGUAGCGCAAUACUUGCCAUAUGAGCUGAUACUCCCAUUGAGCGAGAUAUCCGUACAAAACGGAGGAUACGGUGGUUGGACUCAGGCUGUUAUGUAUGGGGUCCCGACUGUUCUUGCAGGAGCAACGGAGGAAAAGCGAGAGAAUGUGAUGAGAGGCCAAUGGACAGGGACUGCUGUCGGAAUUAAGAAAAGGCGGCCUUCGGUCAAAGAACUCCAAGACGCAGUUGACACUAUAUUGAAGAAUUAUGGGCUGUACAAGCAGAAAGUGUUGGAACUUAAGGCUGAAAAUGAACGUCUGGACGCCUUAGCCCAGAUUGAACAGGCUGUAAUGACAUCACUCUAG